GCCUACCCCCGCAGCCCGCUGGGCCUGCUGCGCCUGGGGCAGCUGGUGAUGGGUGCUGCCUUCUGGGUCACCGUGGCGGCUCACAAGUACGAGGGGGCGGCCCACUUUGCACUCUUCGCUGCCGUCCUCGUCUGGCUCCUCACCCUGGCCCUCUUCGGGCUCAGCCUCCUGGGGCGCUGGGCGCUGGUGCCCUGGCUCGGCUCUCGCUGGCUCCUCACCAACCUGGUGCACGACCUGGCGCUGGGUGUGGGGCUCUACGCAGCUGCCACUGGCAUCAUGGGCUACAAGGCCGAGCGCAAAAGCUACUGCAACCUACCUGGCUACAGCCAGCACUGCCUCUACAGUGCCUACCUGAGUGCCUCUGUCUGCGGGGGCAUCGCUGCCUGCCUGUACCUCUUCUCUGGGCUCUACUGCCUCUCACGGCGCUGCCGGGACCAGCGCGACAUCGUCUGAGACUCUGCGGCGCUCAGCUCCCCUUUUCCCCACGCGUGGACGGACCGCAGCCCCCCUUCCGGACAAAGCGACCCUGCUGCCCCAUCCCCUCCUGGCUGACUGCACCACACUUCCUCCAGAGACUCCUGCAUGGAUGGAUGGACAGAGGCCUUUCCCGGAGCACAGCUUCCCCUGGACACUACGGAUGCCCCCCUGCUACACAGGCGCCUCUCCUCCCCUCUGGAUGGAUGGACGGAUGGAUGGAUGGACGGAUGGACAAAGACUAUUGCAAGCCAAAGGAUCCAGGCAGAGACCCCCUAAGAGGGAUCCCAGCCCUGUGAGGCCCCUGCCCAGCACCCCUGCCCCAGGCCUUGCAGAUGCUGCGUGCUCAGGUGGGUGUGAACUCCGUCCCUGGGGUGGACGGAGCCUGGGUCUGGGGGAGCUGAGCGAGAAGUCGUGGUUUGUAGCGGGGCUGGGUGGGCAUAGCCCCCUCCCACUGUUCCCAACUGCACGCUGCUGCU